CAAGGAAGUUGUAGGGGCUCUUUUUAGCACCGCAGUUCGCAGAAAGCUUUGGAAGCAAAACCAGUGACGGUGAAGUUCUGGUGUUGAAAGAAAAAUUGGAAAAUGGCUUCUCGUCGCUUCACUGUCCUUACACUACUUGCUUUGGUGAUAUUCUUCCUUUCGCAGGUUCGCGCUGUAAACGAGCUCGAUUAUCAGAGGAUCAAAGUCAAACCCUCGGUAUCGCCAUUUGAAUCAGCUCUUGUACUGCUACAGCAACAAAUCAACUAUACUUUCCUCAAGAUUGAUCGUCUCCGCCGUGCAAUGACCCACCCCUCAUUCUCCGAAGAGAACAACAGGGCGUUGAGCAUUCUGGGUUUCAACGUCAUCGACACGUUUGUCUCUAUGCUUGCCCUUGGCAACGACAUUGAUAUCUCCCCCAAGGAACUCAACCGCCUUAUAUCUGAGAUAUCCAAAGUGGAAACUUCCUGUGCGGCUGAUGGGAUGCGGCUGGGAUUGCACAAGAUUGUUAGAAUUUCUGCCAAGACUAAUUCAACGACUCCCUCAGUGGUUUGUGGAGCUUUCAGGGCAACAUUUGGUGCUAUUGCUAUUGAUUCUGGCAAGUCUGAUGUUGCUGGAAGUGCUUUCUGGUAUGUUCAUACUGGUAAAGCUGAAAAAGCUCUUGCCUUGUAAGUUGAGCUUCCCGGUAUCUACUGCUUAUAGGGAAUGCGUGCUAAUGUGCUACUUAGGGCUUUCUAGAUUGGGCUGAAUAAUAAUGUGGUUUGUGAUCAGAACUUUGUUGUAUUGACUCUGUACAGUGCAGUUGUGUGUAAUGAAGUUUUAGGAAUAUCCUUCUUCUGCAA